CCCGAAAAAAACACGAAAGAAAACAGGCAAGCUUUGUCUACGCCCGCAUUUGUUGGUCACACAUGCGAAUACACGCUAUCAAAGAUGCGAAUGUAAAAGAUCAAACAUCUCAUGUUUUGAAUCGCUCUAACUCGUUUGAGAAGAAAAAAAAAAAAAAGCACACACACACACAUACGAACGGGCGAAUAGAUAACGAGAUGCAUACUGGUGCACUUUUUGUUUGUUCGCGUGUGUGUUGGUCUAAGCUGACUUGCCAAAUACUUUCGCUGUCGCCCCUCUGCAGGCAAUGCUUUGAAUAUAAAAGAGUCCUCGGGAGGAUUGGUUGUCAUCAGUCAGCUGUUUGCAAGUUUACAGUUCAAACGAUCUCACCUCACCGGGGACAUUCAGCCGAAAGCCGUUCCACAGACAGUCACACAAGAUGUAUUCGAAAGCGAUCGUUCUUGCCGGGUUCGUUCUCUGCCUUGUCGCAGCGGCACCGCCGAGGAAAGCGGUCCGUGCAUCGCCCGGCGGUGGCCCAGACAGUGAAGCCAUCGUGAUCCAGCAGGACCAGAUCAUCAACGACGACGGUUCGUACAACUACGUGUUUGAAACGAGCAACGGUAUUCGGGCGCAGGCGAGCAGCUCGGACGGUAUCCGUACAUCCGGGGACUUCUCUUACCCCGCUCCGGACGGUUCCAACAUUGCGCUUGUCUACGUGGCCGAUGACUACGGUUUCCAGCCGCAGGGAGCUCAUCUGCCCGUGGAACCCCCAGCACCGGAGCACGUCAUCAAGCAGCUCGAGGACAUCCGUGCCAACCCGCCGAACGAUCCGGACUUUGAUGCUGCCUUCCUGGAUUCGGAAAUUGCCAGACUGCGGGCGACCCAGGGCUGAGCAGUAGCUCCAACAGGAACGCAUUAGUUAGUUAGCGAAAUCAACAUACUGUCGAAGUAGUGAAAUUUUAAACAUUUUAAUAAAAAAGUGAUUGUGUCAAAGUACAAA